AUGCAGAGCAGGGGGGGCCUGAGGACUGGAAUUGAGAAGCACUGAAGUAGAGACGCAUCUAAAAGUUGCAGGAGACCGGCUACCCAGGCCUGGAGUUGCCCACCUCUGCUUUAGACAGUUGAAGCUAUCGCUAACUCAUUACUAAAGCUAGCUAGCGUUUUUGCCUCUAUCACAGAGUCCCGAAAAGAGAAGUGAGGAGCAGAGCUCAGACGAGACGCCUUCUGCUAAAAACAAGCGCUCACCAUCUUCAUCACCUUCACCCAUAUCUAAAAAAAUUAGACUCUCACCCAAACCCUCUUCUUAUUCAGAUUCAGAGACUGAGGGAGUUCUUUCAUCAUCUUCAGGUGUCGGGAUGUUACUGAAAAACGAGAGUUCAAUGGUCAAAUCUGACUGUAAGGAGGGAAAAGCAGCUGAGUUCGAACCAGAGACCUCACCAGAUGGCGAGAACUUGGAUUUAACCAACCAAAACCAGAGUCCAGAGUCAGAUUCUGCAGAUAAAACACUCGUGGAGAUGACCAAAGAGCAGACACAAAAAGAUGAAAAUGGCAAAAGAAUAGAGGACAGGGUAGAUAAAAGUUAUGAAGAAACAGAUAAAGAAUCUGAGAUCAACCAUGAUGUUGAUCAGAAAGGCAUUGAGGGCAAAGAGAUGAACACAGCUGUUCAUGGUAAGGAGAGCGCCACUAAUGACCUUGAAGCUUCUGAGAAAGACAAACAUCAGCAGGUUGAAGAUGCAGGUUUGACUGUAAAACCAAACAAGAUAACCAGCGUUUCUGUGUCUGAAGAGGGAGAAAAUUCACCAGAUAAACAAUCCGAGACUCAACCAAAGUAUAGCAGUGGAGAGGCAGAGGCUGGGAAAGAAGGUAAAGACUCUGGCGAACCGGUUGAGGAUCAAUCUGUCACUAAAACCUCAGCUAGAAGAUCAACUAAACGUUUAAAACAAGAUAAAGUAGACAUUAAUGAGCCAACUAUCCCAACAAGAUCUACCAGAGGAAAGAAAAUGACUCCAGAUGAAGGAAAAGAAGACAAAACUCCAACAAGAAGAAGGAAAGAUGCCCAAGAUUCACAGGAAAAAAACAAAAAUGAAGAAAUGUCUUCUGGAGAUGUUUCACCGGCAACCUGUGAACAGAAACCAUCAUCAGAAAUCUCAGACAACGUCACAGAGACUGAAGACCAGGAACAAGAGGCCACAACCACCAGGAGGCGCAAUCGAGCCAAGAACACUGCGGGGACGACUCCUGUGAGGAAGUCUGAAUCUCCUGGUGGGCAGACUCCGAAAGAAUGUGAAGAGGACAGAAAAGAAGAAGCUAAAGUCCCUAGUAAACGGAAGAUGGAGAUUUCCGGACCUGAAUCAAAGAAAUCUUGUGUCGACACAAACGUCAAACUUCCUCCGUACAAUCCUAAUGAACCUUUAGGGAAGGAGUUUGUGAGCCGUAAGUGGGGGUAUUUCUGUAACUUGUGUUCUGUUUCCUACCUGAAGGAGGACCAGCACUGCAAAACCCAAACCCACUACAACAACCUGCAGAGAUAUUACCAGAAGCGGGAGAAGCUGAAGCCUUCAAGAAUAGUGAACCAAAGUUGAGGGACAUCUUCCUGUUGAUCAGCUUGUUGGUUUUUGAUGAAGAAUGUGAAGUUGCUACUUUUGAUGCUGUUAUUACUUGAAUAUACAUUUUGUCUACAUUUCUCAGAUUUUCACUGAAACAUCACUUUUUUGUAUUUUUAAUGAUUGUCAGAGUUAAUCUAUGCAGUAAUUUUCAAAUUGGUUAAAUGUAGCUAACAGAAGCAUUUUUUGUAUAAUCAGUUGGUCACAAUGUGAAGUAAUUGUGAAGCAUUGCUCUGGAUUAUCUAAAUGUUACUUUGAAGUAAAAUGACUUUUCUGACAUGAUUACCAUUUUGGUAAGAAAAUGAUGUUUGUAGAUUUGUUUUCCCCUUUUUCUUUUGUCAUAAUGAAAAAUUUCAAGUUAAAUCCAGAGUUCUUUAAGUAAAAUAUAAUUUUACACUAAAA